AUGUCGAACAGAACAUCCGUCACUGAAUUCAUCUUGAUUGGCGUGUCAGACGCCCGUGAUUUCUACAGCUCCCUCUUUGGUCUCUUUCUGCUGUUGUACAUAGCUAACAUCUCCGGAAACUUAGUGGUCGCAGCAGUCACCCUGUGGGACCCGCAUCUCCAGACGCCCAUGUACUUCUUCAUCGGCAACCUGGCUUUCAUUGACAUCUUCUACUUCUCCACCACCGUGCCCAAAAUGUUCAUGGGGCUGAUGUCCCACAGCAACCGCAUCCCCUAUGCGGGCUGCAUUGUCCAGAUGUUCUUCUUCCACUUCCUGGGCAGCACCGAAGCCAUGCUUUUAGCCAUCAUGGGCUACGAUCGCUACCUGGCCAUCUGCCACCCGCUCCGCUACCCUGUCUUGAUGAGCCACCAACUGCGAUGGAUCUUAGCUGCUUGCGUGUGGGCCGCUGGCUUCUUCCACUCUCUUCUCCAUGCCAUCAUGAUGUCCCGCCUCUCCUUCUGCCAAGACAACCGGGUGGAGCACUUCUUCUGCGAUAUAUCUCCGCUCCUGGCCCUCUCCUGCUCAGAUACUGGGGUCAAUCAGGCCUUGUUAGUCGGGGUGACUGGCUCCAUUAUCAUGGGCUGCUUUGCCUUAACUUUAACGUCCUAUGGUCUCAUCCUGCAGGCUGUGGUGGCUAUGCGCUCGUCGGAAGGCCUCCGACGUACCUUUUCCACUUGCGGGGCCCACCUCACCGUGGUGGCCCUCCAUUACGGCUGCGCUGGGGCCAUGUACCUGCGACCCCACUCAGAAAACUCACUAGAAACAGACAGAGCUGUGACAGUGCUUUACACGGCAGUCACACCCGUUCUGAACCCACUGAUUUAUACGCUGCGGAACAAGGAAGUCAAGGCCGCCCUGCGAAGGGCUGUCAGCAGGAAUGCCCGCUGUCAGAGAGGGUAA